AAAACAAAGGAGAGGGUGACAGAGACACAUUACAGAGAGAGAGAGAGAGAGAGAGAGAGAGAGAGAGGCUUGUGUUUCUCUCAGCUUCAGCGAAACACUAGUAACUACUUCUCGAGAUAUCUUCUUGUUUCGUAUCCUUUAUCUACUCCUCUCCUCUCCUUCCUUCUCUCUGCCAUCCACCCUUCAUUCCUCUGUUUCUCUACGGUCACUGAGAGAGACGGAAGAACAUAUUGGGAUUUUUUUUGUUGAUUGGUUGAAUGAUUGAUACGGUUUAGAGAGGCAUGUGUGUCGGCAGGGUUGCUGUGAAUUCUACUUUCUUGGCCUGAAAAUUAGGAUUCCCUGUUGCAUUUCAGCAAAAUGUCAGGUGUUGAAGGAAUCGUGGUUAAUGAUGAAAACAGAGAGAGAAGAUCUGAUUUUGAGAACUCUGAAGAUGAAAGACGACGGUCAAAAAUUGGUAAUUUCAAGAAAAAGGCUUUGAACGCUUCAAAUAAGCUCACCCACUCCUUUAAGAAAAGAGGGAAAAGGAUAAUAGAUAAUGGGGUUUCGUCAGUUUCCAUAGAAGAUGUAAGGGAUGCAAAAGAGGAGAGUGCUGUCCAUGAAUUGCGCCAAAAGCUUCUUGAAAAAGAUUUGUUGCCUCCUGGGCAUGAUGACUAUCAUACUUUGUUAAGAUUUUUGAAAGCAAGAGAGUUUAACAUUGAUAAAACAAUCCAGAUGUGGGAAGAAAUGCUUAACUGGAGGAAAGAAUACGGGACAGACUCCAUUCUAGAGGAUUUUGAAUUUGAGGAGCUGGAGGAAGUCUUGCAAUUUUACCCUCACGGUUACCAUGGAGUUGAUAAGGAAGGCCGGCCAGUUUACAUUGAGAGGCUUGGGAAAGCUCAUCCGAGCAAGCUAAUGCGUAUCACCACUAUAGAACGGUAUUUGAAGUACCAUGUCCAGGAGUUUGAAAGGGCUAUACAGGAAAAAUUCUCUGCUUGUUCUAUUGCUGCAAAAAGACGGAUAUGUUCAACUACAACCAUAUUGGAUGUGCAAGGUUUGGGCAUUAAGAAUUUUACUCGGACCGCUGCAACUCUCUUGGGCGGCAUGACAAAAAUAGAUAGCAGUUAUUACCCUGAGACAUUGCACCGAAUGUUUAUUGUCAAUGCUGGUCCUGGCUUUAAGAAGAUGCUUUGGCCUGUGGCCCAGAAAUUUCUGGAUGCACAGACCAUUGCAAAGAUACAGGUUUUGGAGCCCAGAUCCCUGCCUAAGCUACUGGAAGUUAUUGAAUCAAGUCAAUUGCCAGACUUCUUGGGUGGUUCUUGCUCUUGUUCGGCUGAAGGAGAAUGCCUUAGAUCCAGUAAAGGUCCAUGGAAUGAUCCUGAAAUAUUGAAGCUUGUACAUAAUGCAGAACCAAUAUUUGUGACGGAAAUCUCCAGAGUGUCUAAUGAAAAGCAGGCAUUUGACUCGUAUAUUCAGAUACACCCUCUGAAGGGAAAAAGCAGUGAUAGAGUGACAGCAGAAUCAGGGUCAGAUAUUGAUGAUCCUUCUUCUCCAUUCAGACAAAAAAAUUCUACAUUUCCAUGCUCGACCCCGGUUGAUGAAGAAGUGAAGGCAUCGGAUCCAAGUAUCUACUACAGUUGUGAUGAUAAUUUUACUCUGGCUGAGAAAACUGUGCUUAGAGGGGAUUAUCCUGAGGACCAACCACUUGAAAUCAACAAUUUGGGGAACAUUCCCCAUGAAGUGACAUCAAACCUGGAAGGUUUAUUCAUCCGUUGGUUUGACUUUGUCAAGGAAAAGGUUGGGAAAACAAGUAUCCCAAAUGCGACAAGAACCUUGUUAUCAUUCGUGAUCAAGCUAUUUGCACUUUGUCGUAGUCUACCAUUUGAAUAUUGGAGAAGGCAGAACAACAUUUAUCCAUCUAAUUUGAUGGAACAUAACACAGAUGUCCAUUCAACUGCUGCUGAAGCUAUGAAUGAAGAAGACCAUGUCCGUCCAUGUAUAUAUCGUCUUCAGAGACUAGAGAAAAUAUACGAGGAACUUAGCAAAAGGCCUGCUGUAAUCCCUUUGGAAAAGGAGAAAAUGCUAACAGAAUCUCUGGAGAGGAUAAAGUCUGUGGAGUCUGACCUUGAGAAAACAAAGACGUUGUGCUCACAGGUACUGCAUACUACAGUGGUAAAGCAACUCGAGAUUGCUAAGUUGCUAGACAAUUUACGGGAGUCUAAAUGUCGUCAAAGAAGAUUGUUCUGCUGAGUAAUUAUAGUGGAACAUCAGAAGCUGAGUUUUUGGGAGACUGUGUGCACAGAUGUGAAACUAUUAUAUAGCAUCAAUGGUGGCGGGUGGCCUCUGAAAGCAGCAUGACGGUCCACAUGACUGCUUAUUUCUUGUAGGAAAACGAGGCAGUCAAUCCUUUUUCCAUUAACCAUUUUUCUUCAAUCUUGUAAAGUUCUGUUGCAGUUGAUACUUUACUGAAGUUAUAGUAGUUAAGAUGAGCGAUGCUUGCUGAUGUUAGCUUCUUCGGGUUAGUGCAGGGAAAAACCUGAAAAAAAUCAAUGGAAUGCUUAAUAGCAAGCAUACUAUAUUUCUGACUC